GAAAAAAAAGGGAAGAUAGAGAAGGAAAAAACGCGUCUUCCUCAGUCACAGUGUUGACCUCUCUCUCUCUCAUCGUCUCUUCCCUUUCUGCUUCCCCUGUCUCUCUCUCCAAGAGCUUCUCGCCAUACCCUAAAUUAGGGUUAGGGCUAGGGUCUGGGAUCAUUUUUUUCACGGGAGGAAGAAGGAUCUUUCAGUCGACAGUCGGAAAUUUGGAGAAUUGCGAGGUGGGUUUAGGGUUUUUGACGGAACAUUUUGGGGGAAGCUACAGAAAAUGGCUUCUUUGCCAUCUUCAGUGAUCAAAUGGCGAUUUUUCCGCAGACCCAUGUCUUCAAACAUGGUACUUUCGGUCUGUUGGCUAUGUAUCGUAAGUCUUCUCUCCGGCCACGACACGGUCUCGGCGGAUUCGGACAAAUCGGUUCUGCUCCGGUUCAAGGACUCGGUCUGGGACCCGGACUCGGUACUCGCUAGCUGGCGCGUGGAUAGCGCGGAUUACUGCUCCUGGUUUGGCGUUUAUUGUGAUUCGAGCUCACGAGUCGUCGCUCUUAACAUCAGCGGCUCUGGGAGCGACAAGGGUAGCUUCGGCGGAAACCGGAACCGUUUCACUUGCAGUGAUUUUGGUAAGUUCCCGCUGUAUGGGUUUGGUAUUAGGAGGGAUUGUGCCGGAAGUCGUGGAGUUUUGGCGGGGAAUUUGCCUUCUGUAGUCUCUGGUCUCGCAGAGCUUAGGGUUUUGUCGCUUCCCUUCAAUGGCUUCCACGGAGAGAUUCCUGUUGCAAUCUGGGGGAUGGUGAAGCUGGAAGUUCUCGAUCUGGAAGGGAAUCUGGUUUCGGGGUCGUUACCGGCUCAAUUUGCUGGGUUACGGGAUUUGCGGGUGCUGAAUCUAGGGUUCAACAGAAUUUCAGGGGAAAUACCCGAUUCCCUUAAGAGCAUGCCAAGAUUGGAGAUUUUGAACUUGGCUGGAAACAGAGUGAAUGGAACUGUUCCCGGCUUUGUCGGGAGAUUCAGGAUGGUUCACUUGCCAUUGAACUGGCUUCACGGUUCUUUGCCGGAAGACAUUGGGGAUAGCUGUGGGAGGCUUGAGCAUUUAGACUUGUCUGGUAAUUUCUUCACAGGACGGAUUCCACGGAGUUUUGGGAAAUGCCAUGAGCUAAGGUCAUUGCUGCUGUAUAUGAAUUUGCUGGAGGAGACUAUCCCAGUCGAACUCGGGAAUCUUCAGAAGCUUCAAGUGUUGGAUGUUUCGAGGAACAGCCUUAGCGGUCCAUUGCCAGUCGAGCUGGGGAACUGCUCGUCUCUGUCUGUGAUCGUACUCUCGAAUCUGUAUAAUGUGUAUGAUGACAUUGACAGCGCCAGAGGAGGAGGAGAUGGUAAUCUUCCACCAGGCUUGGACAUGACCUCGAUGACAGAAGAUUUCAACUUUUUCCAAGGUGGAAUCCCGGGAGAAAUCGCUAAGCUUCCAAACCUAAGGAUAUUGUGGGUGCCGAGAGCUACGCUCGAGGGAAGAUUGCCGGAAGACUGGGGUUCAUGUGACGGUUUGGAGAUGGUGAAUUUAGGUCAGAACUUCUUCAAAGGUGAGAUUCCCUUUGGGCUCAGUUCGUGCAAGAAUCUCCGGCUUCUGGAUUUGAGCUCGAAUAUGCUUUCAGGCCAGCUGCUCGACGAGCUCUCGGUUCCCUGUAUGAGUGUAUUCGAUGUAGGCGGGAACAGAUUCUCGGGACUGAUCCCAGCUUUCGGUAACAGCUCUCGUUGCCCUCCCAUCGUUUUCUUUGACGGGUAUUCCGUCGAAUCUUACGAUGAUCCAUCAUCUGUCUAUCUCUCCUUCUUCACCCAAAAGGCCCAAGUCGGGAGUUAUCUGACGUUUCUUGGAGGCGAUGGAGGUCCAGCUGUUUUUCAUAAUUUUGCAGACAACAACUUCACUGGAACUCUCCGGUCUAUUCCCAUUGCGAAGGAGCGGUUGGGGAGGCGAGUCUCUUACAUAUUUUCGGCCGGAGACAAUAAAUUGUAUGGUCAGUUCCCGGGAUAUUUAUUCGACAAGUGCAGCGGACUUGAGGCUCUUUAUGUCAAUAUUAGCUUCAAUGAGCUUUCGGGAUGGAUUCCUGAAGACAUCGGCAAAAUGUGUGGUUCUCUCAAGCUUCUCGAUUUGUCGCUGAAUCAGAUUUCCGGGUCUAUUCCAUCUGCUGUUUCCGAUCUAGUUUCACUCAUUGCUCUUAAUCUCAGUUGGAAUCAGUUGCAGGACCAGAUACCCGAAGAACUCGGGCAGAUGAAGGGUUUGACAUAUCUCUCAUUUUCUAAUAAUAACCUCACAGGACAGAUUCCAGCGAGUUUCGGUCAGUUGCAAUCUCUGGAAGUUCUCGAUCUCUCUUCGAAUGAUCUUUCAGGUGGCAUUCCUCGUGAUCUCGUAAACCUGAGAAAUCUCUCGGUUCUGCUUCUCAACAACAACAGGCUUUCUGGGCAAAUACCUUCGGGUUUUGCGAAUGUGACGGCUCUCUCGGUUUUCAACGUUUCAUUCAACAAUCUGUCGGGACCUGUCCCUUCGACCAAUGGAUUGACGAAAUGCAGCAGUGUUCUUGGAAACCCGUACCUCCGACCUUGCCACGUCUUUUCUCUGACAGUACCGUCCUCGGAUCCGCAUGGGGCUCUCGGGGAUUCUCAAGAUUAUGCAGCUACCUCACCCGUUGGAAACAGCCCUUCACCCCGAGGGAAGGUCGGUUUCAACUCGAUAGAGAUCGCUUCCAUCGCCUCGGCUUCAGCCAUCGUCUCGGUGCUUGUGGCUCUUCUGGUACUGUUCUUCUACACCAGGAAAUGGCACCCGAGAUCGAAGAUCAUGGCCACGACCAAGAGAGAAGUCACGGUAUUCAUGGAUGUAGGAGUCCCUUUGACGUACGACAUUGUCGUUAGAGCCACUGGAAACUUCAACGCGAGUAACUUGAUUGGGAAUGGCGGAUUCGGAGCUACGUACAAAGCGGAAAUUGCUCCUAAUGAGUUAGUCGCCAUCAAAAGGCUCUCGAUUGGACGGUUCCAAGGCAUCCAACAGUUCCACGCUGAGAUCAAAACCCUAGGAAGGCUCCGACACCAAAAUCUCGUCACCCUCAUCGGUUACCACGCAAGCGAGACCGAGAUGUUCCUCAUAUACAACUAUCUUCCCGGAGGAAAUCUUGAGAAAUUCAUCCAAGAGAGAUCGACGAGAGCCGUGGAAUGGAGGGUUCUUCACAAGAUCGCUCUUGACAUAGCCCGAGCCCUCGCGUAUCUCCAUGACCAAUGCGUUCCUCGGGUCCUUCACCGGGACGUUAAGCCGAGCAACAUCCUCCUGGACGAUGAUUACAACGCAUAUCUGUCGGAUUUCGGGUUGGCCAGGCUCCUCGGGACGUCGGAAACCCAUGCGACGACGGGAGUGGCGGGUACGUUCGGGUAUGUGGCACCGGAGUAUGCGAUGACGUGCCGGGUUUCGGACAAGGCGGACGUGUACAGUUACGGGGUGGUGCUGCUGGAGCUGCUGUCAGACAAGAAGGCGCUGGACCCGUCGUUCGUGUCGUACGGGAACGGGUUCAACAUAGUGCAGUGGGCGUGCAUGCUGCUGAGACAGGGGCGAGCGAAGGAGUUUUUCACGGCCGGGCUAUGGGACGCUGGCCCGCACGACGAUCUCGUCGAGGUUCUUCAUUUGGCUGUGGUCUGCACCGUCGAUUCUCUCUCGACCAGACCGACGAUGAAGCAAGUGGUGCGGCGGCUCAAGCAGCUUCAGCCUCCGUCGUGUUAAAAAAAAGUAGGAGGAUGGAUGGAUGGAUGGUCCUGUUGUAAUUUCAGCGAUAUGACGAGGACAAAAGAGUCAUCGGACCAUUGGAGAGAGAUAGGGAGAGAGGAGGGGUUUCCACUCUUUUAGGUGAGGAAAAAAAUAGGGUAUUUUGGAAAAUUGAAGUGAAACAAAGAUUUAAGAAUUGUAGCUAUUUAUUUUCCACUUGUAAAUUUGUGAUAUAUAGAUUUUUCUCAAAAUGGCUUCUCCCU